AUGACGGGAACCGGGGAAUCACCUCGCCCGACAGUGGAACAACUUCAAGCUUUUGAUUUUUCGAUCAGAGGUCCGUCGUUCGUGCCUGGUGCCACAUACACAUCAACAAGUAUCAGUCCUGUAGCAACAGACCUGGGAUCACCACCCGUCCAAGAUGAUGGCAAGUCUUGUCUCAUCUGCGGAGAUCGCGCUACAGGUCUCCACUAUGGAAUCGUAUCAUGUGAAGGAUGUAAAGGUUUCUUCAAGAGAAGCAUAUGCAACAAGAGAGUGUACAGGUGUAUGAGGGACAAGAACUGUAUGAUGUCAAGACAGAAAAGGAACAGAUGUCAGUACUGUCGACUCCUCAAAUGCCUACAGGUCGGCAUGAACAGAAAAGCUAUUCGUGAGGACGGUAUGCCUGGUGGUCGAAAUAAAAGCAUCGGGCCUGUUUCGUUGAGCCCUGAGGAGAUCGAACGGAUAAUGUCUGGUGAGGAGUAUGCACGGGAAGAGAUGAACGGACUGGCAACCAAAAGCCCUAACGAUGGUAGUGAUGGUGUCUCCCCCACUUUCUCACCAACUUCCGUGGGAUCGAGCUCCAGCGAUCACUUCUUUGACUUCGCUGGAAACCCAGCCCUUGUCGCGUCUGGUGUUGUAGGCAUCAGCGCAGUCGAGUACGCGCGUCGCAUGGAACGCGCAGAACGCGAGGCCUCACGCAAUUUAGCACUCCUACCGGAAGUGGAAGCCCUCAUCAUGGCUGAACCGACUGAACCGCUUACCCUGCCUUUCGAAGUAGCUACGGAUCAACCGGUCGGUUAUGCAGGAAUCUUUGAACUCCUCUGCAAGCUCAUGGACCGAAUGCUUCAUCACCAGAUCCAGUGGACCAAGAGGCUGCCGUUCCAAUCAAGAAUCCCCAUCUCUGAUUCAACAUCGCUCCUGACCACUUGUCUUAUCGAGCUCCUGUUGCUUGAAGUCAUGCGGACGCAGCCUUUGGAACUCUUCACCAAGCUCGGUCAAAUCCUUGACACCUAUAUCCCCAGUGAGGACGAGCUGAGAAAGUUCGGGCAGAAUGGACUGGAGAUUAUCGAUGUGGCUACCAACGCGCUUGCGAGAUACCGGGCACUCAAGGUCAGCGUCCAGGAACACGUUUGCCUGAAGGUUAUCUGCUUCUUAAACCCUGAGAAUCCAAACUUGACAAAGCUGCCGGUUAUCAAGGAUCUAAGCAAGCAGUACUACUACGUACUACAUGACCACGUGCAGCUGAACAACAACAUCGCAGCGGAACGAUUCCGUGAACUUCUCAUCCUCAUCCCACAGAUCCGACACCUGGCAUUGAAGUGCAAUGCGAUCUCAUUUGAUAAUGCGCCGCUGCUCUUUAAAGCCAUCAUGCAUGCCGGUGUGACACACACCAAACGCUAACGUGUGUGGAGAUGCAUCGAACGUAGAGGGCGUCAUAGCUAUACCCUAGCUAGACAGAGCAAUCAAUAGAGAGAGUUUGGCCAACCCAGUUUCAAUGGGUUACCAAAUGGCACAAUUUCUAUUGAUGUGGCUUGCCUAACAAAGCACUAUGCGCCAUGCUGGUACCCCCAUUGAAACCGGUUUGGCCGAACUCUCUCUAUGAAAUCGCUCUGACCCAAGAGUUUGAACACAACACGAGAGUGUUAAAGUAACAACCUAAUGUGUUGUAGUAAAAUCCACAAUCCAUGUGGUUACCCUUUUUUGCAGCCUAAACGAAUAUAUUAAGGUUUACGCAGUCGUCAUAUUAUUGUCCAGAUGUUAUCAAAAAGAUUUUAAAUGCAAAUAUUCUUUUUUAAUAAAAAGAUAUAUAGCAUUCUGACAAUAUUAAGUUUAACAGCAACCAUUUCAAAUUUUGGGGAAUGGUAUGGGUAUUGGGUAGUGUAAAUGGGUUUUCACAGGUUUGUGAAUAUGAGAACAUUGCAAGUCUUUAUGGUAAUUAUAUUACCAAAAUUGAUUGGUUAAAUGCUUAUUAUAAUUAUACAGCCUUAUUGCAUGGUGCAGUAUCAUAAUAUUUAUUAUGAUGCGAUAGUAAAUUAUAAUGCCUUUAACUAUUAACCUGUAUGUAAAAUGGAGGUAUAUGAACGGACGCGCACAGCGCAGUCCAUAACGUUGUGUGUGUUUUAGAUGGUUUAAAUUACGAAGGAGACUUGUAUUUAUAAAGACCACCAAAUAAGGUGUAGCAUGCACAAAACAUUUUUUGUGAAACAUAUUUCGACCGUUUUGAAUGGAACUUUUAAAAAAGUAAACUAACACUUAUAAGUGAUAUAUAUCAUGACGGAAAACCGUACACUAACGUUUUAUCCAUCAAUGUAAAUAGAUUUUUUAAGUAUAAAAAGAAUAUCAUUUUAUGACCAUGUUUUUCUUAUACUUCGUAUCAAAACAUGACGUGAAUGUGUGUGUUAAUAUUAGGUAAGUACAGUGUUAAGAGUAUAUAGAGUUGAAGUAUUCAAUAUGUAUUUUGUGCUUAAUGGAUUCGUGUGUGUUAGUAUAUAUCUCAUUCUAUGAAAUGAAAUUCGAUCACUGUUCAUAGUUCGUGUGUGUACAUGAAUAGUGAUGAUAAAUAUAUUACGAUUCUAUAUCAUAGUUAACGUAUUGCGAAUUAUAUCGAGUUCAUGUGGAACUCUUUAUUUUUCAAGAUUUCUUUUAAUAGAUUCUAAUUUCUUAAGCGCAAAGUUAAAAAAAAUGUCUUAGGUAAAUACUCCUGUCUCAAAAUUAUUACUGGACGUAAGGGAAAUAUAAGAUAACAAUGUAUAUACAUGUAAUCAUAAUUAAUAAUUGAAUGUUAAUCUGUAUUGUAAAAGGAAUUUUCAUUCCCCGUAGAGACACCGCUCCAUUAGUGCUAGCGUUUAUUCGCCUUUUGGGGGGAAAGAUUCGAGAGGUUAUUUUCAUGAUAAUUGCCAUUUAGAUUGAAGUAAUUGAAUUUGAAAAUAUCUUGUGAUGAUUAUUCUAAAUUAAAAAUGUCAAUGAUUUAUCUUGAAUGAUAUCAAUAUCACAUUAUUUGUAAAGCGCCAACAUGAUACACCUAACUCUUUAUGUGGGCAUAUUAUACCCUUGGCUCGCUAUGCCGAUAUCCUAUUCUUUCCUAAAGUAAAUUUGGUCCACGAGUAAUCCGAAAUGCUAUUGCCUCAUUUUAUUGCUCUAAUUUGUUUAAGGUUAAGCAAGAUAUUUUUUUCAUUAUAAGUAUGUGUGAAAAUGUAAUAUUACUAAAAGAAUAGUAAGAAACAUACUCCUUGGAGCUUAGUAUGGGUAUAGACAGUGUUAAUGAAGUGUUAUACGCUGGAAAAAGUCCCUCGAUUGACCUUUGACCUGUCAUCAAUUAAAUCGAAAUUACUUUCGAUUAAAAAUGAAAAUUGGUAUAGGGUCGACCUGUAUGAUGAUGGAACAGUGCUAGCUGUGCGAAUCGCGUACUUCGCGAAGUCAGGGGUGUUAUGGACUCCCGAUAGGAUCUAUAGACGUUACUUGACUUCACUGAUCAGGGGCCCCAUAACACAAAGGUUAGCGAUUGAUCGUACGUUUGAUUUUCACGAUUGAUUGUACAUUGUAGUCAAUGGAAUCAAUCGUAGAAAAAUGUUCUACGAUCAUUGCUAAGUUUUGUGUUACGGGCCUCUGAACAGAUCAGUAACUUGACUUCUCUCCUUUCUGUUCUGGGCAUGCGCAUAAAUGAGAUGGGAAUCGCGAUUUUACCAUCGAAUUAGGAGAAAAACACACCCAUAUUGUCAUGGCCGUACGCAGGAAUUCUUACCAUGGGGCAGGACGCGUAAACAUUUUCAAAGGAACUCGAAAGCGAGGGAGCGAAGCAACCGAGCUUGUCAUUGGGGCGAUUUUUUCCCAAAAAUUCUGGGGGCGGGGCAACUGCCCCCUGCUGCGUACGACCAUGUAUACCGUCUAUGUAAUUCGGUUGUUGUAAUAAUAAUGUCUUUUAAAGGUGUAUAAAAUAAUGU